AUGUUGAAUGGGUCUUGAGAUGCUCAAAACCAAACACAAAAAGUGUACUGUAUAUUGGUUUUAAAAAAACUCAGAUGAUCAAAUGACCGUAAGAAAAUAAUACUACAAAACACUAGUUUAGUAUAAAGUUGGAAAGUAACUAGGGAUGUAAUUAAUAAUAACCGAAUAAGAAGGUGGAAAGAGACAAGAUAGUGACAUAUCAUUGAAUCAAAGCAAAAAAAAAAGCUCUGUUUCUCUCUCGAACUCCUAAACGCUUUUCACGCAAGAAGAAGACAUGUCGUCCAACACUUCCCCGAUUUUCAGCGACUAUGGCUUCGAUCCCCAAAUCGACUACUUCCAGGUUUUGGAAGAAGCGAGGAAGCACAAGAAAGAAACAUCAUCCAUCGACAGUACUCAUCAGUUCAAGCUCCAGAAACCUAUCUCCAAGGACGACCUGAUACGCACCGCUCUCCACAAGAAGAACAAAAAGAAGCACCGUUGGUUCUGGAGAAACGCUUUGCUCUUCUUCAGCUGGCGGAAGUGGCGAAAACGCAGCGGCGAGGGAGACAUUGAGUUUGACGAUCGCGACGUUCACGUGGCGAGGGCUAGGAAUUUUCGGGCUGGUUCGAUGUCUGGUCCGGUUUACGUUACGGAGACCUUGAGCGGUUCGAGCACGCCGUACCGGACGAUAAGACCUCCUUCGUUGACGACGGUGACACCAGUGGUUCCGUAUUUGAGUCUACGGGAGCUUAGCAUGGAGAGGCAGCAGAGGAUUAUUACAACUUCUAUGUCUGGUCCUCUUUACUUGGUCACGUGAUAUAAACAUCUAUUUUCAGACUAUUAUCCUAAGGAAAAUACGAUCAUGGGGAUGGAAGAAAAAUAAAUAUUUAAUUAGAUAUA